AGAUUAUUCAGCUGCAGUUUCGUACCUUUCUGCCUCGUUAAACAAUAAGUGACUUCUCUUUUUCUUCUUCCUUUCAUUUCUUCCUGGGUAUACAGGGAGGACCUGUUGCUGUUCAACAUCAGUUAAAACCUUAAGAGCACCCAAAAAAUGCGAUCGCGUAUCCUAGUGCUGUUCGUUUUCCUGGCUGUUUCUUCCGCGGAGCAACGUCCAUCCGAUAGUGCAGAAGAAAAAUGUUUGGCGAACCAUCCGACAUUUCUUCAUUAUUUUUCAUGGCCCGACUAUACGGUGCUCGCAGCGAUGCUGCUGAUCUCCUGUUUGAUCGGUACCUUUUAUGGUUUCUUCGCUAAGAAACAGGAAACUAGCCAGGACUUCCUCUUGGGAGGAUCCAGUAUGGGGACCUUUCCUAUGGCGAUGUCUUUGGCUGCUAGUUUUAUCACGGCCAUCGAGCUCCUUGGAAAUCCUGCAGAAAUGUAUGAACAGGGUACCCAGUUCUGGAUGACCUGUGUGGCCUUUAUCUUGGUGGUGCCUAUCACGUCGUACCUCUACUUGCCAGUCUACAUGAAGCUCAGGCUAACCUCGAGCUACGAGUAUCUAAAUCUUCGUUUCGAUCGUCAUUGCAGACUGCUUGCCAGUAGUUUGUACAUGUUACAAAUGAUCCUCUACACAUCCGUGGCUGUGUACGCGCCAGCACUGGCUUUGAGUCAUGUCACGGGCCUGAAUACUUAUAUAGCCGUCACUCUAGUCUACGUAGUUUGUAUCUUUUAUGCGUCCCAGGGAGGAAUGAAGGCUGUCAUAAUGACGGACACAUUCCAAGCAGCGGUGCUACUUGGAUCCUUGUUCCUCAUCGUUGGAUACGGUUUGUCCUGGGAAGGUGGUAUUUCUUCAGUGUGGAAAGCGAACGAGGAGUCCGGAAGAAUGGAAUUCUUCAACCUUAAUCCGAAUCCAACGAUUCGACACAGUUUCUGGAGCGUAGCUAUAGGUGGAACUGUUUAUUGGACCAGCAUGUUCUGCAGCAAUCAAGCAUCCGUCCAGAAGUACCUUAGCGUUGAGAGUAUUGGUCAAGCAAGAACAGCGUUAUGGGUCUCAGCUGUUGGCAUGAUUAUAAUAUACACUGUGAACUUCUUGACUGGUAUGGUGCUCUAUAGCACUUACAAAGACUGCGAUCCCUUGUUGGCUGGCUACAUAAGUGGCCAGGAUCAGUUGCUGCCAUUGUACGUAAUGAACUUCAUGGGAGGUCUCAACGGUGUGCCUGGUCUCUUUGUUGCUGGAAUCUUUGCUGCUUCCCUGGGGACUGUGGCAAGUGCUUUGAAUUCACUGGCAGCAAUCACCUGCGAGGACAUAUUUCAAGGGUUGUUCAAGAUAGAGCUGCCAGCCAGGAAGGGAGCAAUUUAUGCCAGGUGGAUUAGUAUCUUCUUUGGUGUGCUUAGUUUUGCUUUAGUUUUCGUCGUGGAACGCCUGGGUAGUGUUCUUCAGGUUGCAUUAUCGUUCAACGGUAUGGUUGGAGGGAUCACCUUGGGAUUAUUCUCUUUGGGCAUGUUCGUGCCUUGGGCCAACGCCAAAGGAGCUAUUUCUGGAGCAAUCACCAGCUUGAUAAUCGUCCUGUGGAUUGGACUGGGGGCUCAAAUCGCUGUUCUCAAUGGGCAAAUCCAUUUGGACAGCAAGCCUGUGUCUACUGUUGCUUGUCCAUGUAUGAGCAAUACCACAACCAUUGUUCCAAUUCAUCCUCAUGACACUGGUGAUGAUGGGAUAUUUUUUAUAUACAAAAUCAGUUAUUUAUGGUACAGUGCAAUUGGUUCCAUUCUGACAAUCUUGGUAGGCGCUUUGGUCAGCUUUGCCACUGGCUUUCAAAAUCCAGCUGACAUAGAUCAGGAUCUCUUGAGUCCUCCAAUUGCCUCCCUCUUCAACAUGCAGACAAAACCACGGGCCAAUAACGUCCAAGGAAUAACGAACUUUGCUCUGGAGUUGGACGAUGAAAAAAUAGUGAAAUAAAAGUGAAUGAAUAAAUGUUUAAAACAGUAGUCGAAGGUUGUCCUAGGUUCAACGCUGAAGAAUGAAACUCUGCACGCAGAGAUCCAAACCAAAGUAACGAGAUCUUUUACAUAUAGGUUCAUUAAGACUUACUUAAGAAUUAUUAAUGAUAAAAUAGAAAAUUAAAAUAAAAUGAAAGUUUCCUUCGGAUCGGUUGAUCCUUCUGGAACGAAACACUGGCAAAAAUGAAUGAUGCCAAUUUAGAGGAAGACUAUAUAAGAGAUGACUCCUUGCUAGGAGGUGAUUUCUAAUGGCUUAGAAUAAUUUAUUUGUGGCACUAUUUUAUAUAGUACUUAUUUUAUUCGGCGAAUUUCAACCAUUCCUAGGUAAGAUCUAUCUUCGGGGACGGUUUAAAUGAUUUUACAUUCGUUAUUUCACUUCAGGUUCAGAUAAUUUCUAUGAAGAAAAUCAAAGAAGAGAUUGUAGUUUAACUUGUAUAAAUAUUUUUAAGCAAUCUUAUUGCAUACAUAAGAUUAGCUACUUUUGUUUUUGGUAAUAAAUUUUUUAAUGAAUUUUAUUCCAAAGAAGAGAUAUGUCUUCUGCAUAUUUUAGAGAUUGUUUAUUUUAUAAACCAAUACGUUUUAACUUUUCAUUUGAAAAUCCAAUCUCUGUCACAGAGAAGAUGUAAUUUUAAUUUCUAGAUGCAUAUUCUCUUCUGUUCGAUGAUGCAUUCGAACAAUUUUUAUGCUUUUCUGUCGCUUGUCGAGCAUCUCUUCCGUCCCGAGAAGAUUCUUCCGCCUGAAACGUCAACGAUUCGUUUAAGAAUCUCCGUUCAGCGGCAUGUCAUCUUGGAAAUGGCUUUCUCCCUUUAUUCUCUUACCUUCUUUUUCCUUUUUUUUAUAUCGUGAAGAUGAAAAGUCACUCGUUUCACUUGACUGCGGAUCUGUACUUCGUUUAUUCGUUCGCGUAUUUAAGUGGCUGAGUAGAAUACAUGAGGCGUUGAUGUAUUUUAACGUAAGCUUCUUCAUUUCUACGUGUUUGUAUAAAUAUUUGUACAUAAUAAUGAGAGAAUACAAGGAAUAAUUAAGUUUAUUAAA